UGCUUCAGAGCUUUCUGCAUAAAAUGGUUUAUAAUUAAAUGCGUUAAAUUUAUAUUACUAGGAAAUAUUUACAAAUAAAAUAAAAUAGAGAACAGCCGCGAACAUCACUACAGCGUAGCUUUUACGAACAUACAAAAGAAUGUGGUAAUUCUUCAAAAUGGUCGCUUUGUAUGGUUUGCCAACUUGCAUGUCUGUGUUUCAGAGUUCUUUGUUUUCGUAAUUCAUUUGAUAUUAAAACGUUUAUACAAAAGUUCUUUCAAUUUCGGCGUUUUAAGUUUCGGGUGUAAAAGUCAAUAACGAAAAUAUCAGCUUGUGGUGUGCGAGAAAGAUGUCAUCGGUAAUGUGAGAGCUCUCGGACAGAAUUUUUAUUUUACGAGAUUAUGACGUUUGUGAUUCUAAUACGGAUUUGCCGAAAGUGAAAAAGUGUCUGUGCUAUAGAAACACAUGUUACACAUUGUGAUGAACGGACAAUGUUGACAUACAUUUGACCAGUGGACAUAGAAGCGAGACUUAUCGGCAAAAGAGGCUAUUACCUGCAGGGGCACUAGUGUAAAUGCUAAGGAGGACAACGCACAGCGGUAUGUGUGGCAGGAGGGAUGUGCUCAUGUGAUGGGCGGGGUGGGGUGAGAAGCGAGGCGCACGGGCGCCAUGAACCCGCCGGCGCCCGGCAAGACGGCCACGCGCUCCGGAUACCACCAGAAGGCGCUCGCCGAAAUCAGAAACUCAUUACUCCCCUUUGCUAAUAUUGGAUCUUCAGAGCCGCCUGGCUCGUCUGCCGCGAGCACUGUUAGCUCAGGUGUCAGCUCUGGCUUCAGCUCGUCAUCAGGCAAUGGACUUGAUAAGGAUCUGAAUGUGCUGCCACAGUCACUGAAUCAGCUUAUUGCUCUUGGCUAUGAUGAGGAUCCAGCAGUCAGGGCACUCAAAUAUGCUGGAGGUAGAUUUGACGCCGCCCUCGAUUACCUGUCUAAGCAACAGGAACCUCUUAAUGGAGCCAUCAAGAGCAGUAACUUGAGUGCCCUAAGCACCAAACUCAUUAGGAAACCUAGUCUAGAGCGCGAGAUCAACCUCCAUCGAGGGAGUCCCGCGCUUGACUCCGGCGCAGGCAGUUCGCGGUCGGAUAGUCCGCGGCAGUCUGACGCGCCGCCGCUGCCCCACGAGAAGCUCAGCAGGCAGUAUUCGCCGUCGGGAUUCUCAGAACCUCCCCCGCCGCCGCCGCCGCGAUGUCCGUCCACGCCGCCCGUGCCGCCGUCGGUGCAGCAGCUGAUGAAGCGUAUGUCCCCGGCGCCUCCGCUGCCGCCCGCCCGCGGCACCAGCCCUGUAGCCGCUGGAGCACCUACGCCCCCCGCGCGACAGCCCAUGAUCGUGCAGAAUGGGCCACAAGUUCAGCAGCAGCUCACGCAGCAGAUUCAAGCGUUGAGCAUUUACCAGACGGGUGGUGCGGAACUCCCACCGCCGUACCCGCUUUCGGGUGUUCCGCCGCCUCCUCCGUAUUCUGUAUCGAUGCAGAACCGCCAGAGUCCUACCCAGUCCCAGGACUACAGGAAGAGUCCUUCGUCGGGGAUUUACUCGGGAGGCACCUCCGCCGGUUCGCCGAGUCCGAUUACGGUGACGCAAUCGACCGGCUCCGCGUCCGGUAUGACUCGCCCCACGCCUCUUCAGGCGUGGACAGCGAGACAAGCGGUGCAGGCUCCAAUCAUUAUGCAAUCAGUGAAGAGUACUCAAGUGCAGAAGCCAGUGCUCCAGACGGCGAUAGCGCCGGUUGCCCCACCUCCCGUUACGAGCUCGGGCUCGCAACCUCCCCCGCCAUCGUAUGCCAGUUCGAUCCAGCAGAAGCAGCAAGCGCAGACACCGCCCAGCUACCCUCUCGCGCCGAAGCCCUCGUCACCGGGCUCCACGCCCCAAGUCAUUCCGACGGCGACCACGCCCACCGUUCCUACCACAGAACCUCCUAGCUACGCUAUCACCAUGCAGGCCCUUGCCGUACAAAGAGGCAUGCACCCUAUACCGCCGCCACCGUACGGCAAUCAAAACGACACCACCACGACAGUCAAUUCUCAUCACUCGCCUUUGCAUAAAAAGUUCUCAAAUAAUUGUGACAUGAAGGGUGAGACGUCCCAGGGACCGCACGAUUUAAAGUGCACCAAUCAAAAUUGUACUAAUAAUCUCCUAAAGGAUAGUGUAGUUGCGUCUAGUUCUGAUAAGAGUUCGAACGGAUCGUCCGAUCGUCGACAGAAAGUUGUGGAGAAAAUCAGACAUCAAUCGCCCAUCCCGGAGCGACGAAACAUAAGUAAAGAAAAAGAAGACGAGAGAAGAGAUUGUAAAGUUAGGAAUUAUUCGCCUCAAGCCUUCAAGUUCUUCAUGGAGCAGCAUGUGGAAAACAUUCUAAAGUCGUACAAACAGCGGACAUUCCGGCGCAUGCAGCUCGAGAAGGAAAUGACGAAGAUAGGCCUUAGUCCGGAGGCACAGUGUCAGAUGAGGAAGAUGCUAUCUCAGAAAGAAUCCAAUUACAUUAGGUUAAAGAGGGCGAAGAUGGACAAGUCCAUGUUCACGAAGAUAAAGCCAAUCGGUGUGGGUGCGUUCGGUGAAGUGACGCUCGUGAGGAAGAUCGAUACUAAUCAUCUUUAUGCCAUGAAGACACUUCGCAAAGCUGACGUGUUAAAACGAAACCAAGUGGCGCACGUGAAAGCCGAGCGGGACAUAUUGGCGGAAGCAGAUAACGAGUGGGUUGUCAAACUCUACUACAGCUUCCAAGAUAAGGACAAUUUAUAUUUCGUGAUGGACUACAUACCGGGCGGCGAUCUCAUGUCAUUGUUAAUAAAGCUGGGCAUAUUCGAGGAGAACCUAGCGAGGUUUUACAUAGCAGAGCUGACGUGCGCGGUAGAGAGCGUCCAUAAAAUGGGCUUUAUCCACCGCGACAUCAAGCCGGACAACAUCCUCAUCGACCGCGACGGACACAUCAAGCUGACAGACUUUGGGUUGUGCACCGGCUUCAGGUGGACGCACAAUUCCAAGUAUUACCAGAGGAAUGACCACGGGAGGCAGGACUCGAUGGAUCCCGUGGACGGGGAAUGGGGCGCGAUGGGAGAGUGCCGGUGCCACCAGCUAAAGCCCCUGGAGAGGCGACGGAAACGCGAACACCAGCGAUGCCUAGCGCACUCGCUCGUCGGCACGCCCAACUACAUCGCACCGGAGGUGCUGCAGCGCACCGGUUACACGCAGCUUUGCGACUGGUGGUCCGUCGGGGUCAUAUUGUACGAGAUGUUGGUUGGCUCACCGCCGUUCCUGGCUGCGACGCCCGCCGAAACCCAACUCAAGGUCAUAAACUGGGAGAGUACUCUUCACAUACCGGACGCUGCGAAUUUAUCACCAGAGAGCAAGGACUUGAUCCUGCAGCUGUGCUCGGGACAGGACACGAGGCUCGGCAAGGACGCCAACGAAGUGAAGCACCACCCAUUUCUCGGCGGCAUCGAUUUUGACAAGGGCUUGCGACGGCAGGUGGCGCCCUACAUCCCUCGAAUCGACUACGCCACCGACACGUCCAACUUCGACCCCGUGGACCCCGACAAGCUGCGCAACUCGGGCAGCUCCGAUUCCAACAAGUCUGACAGCGAACUACUCGACAAUGGGAAGACCUUCCACGGCUUCUUUGAGUUCACCUUCCGCAGAUUCUUCGACGACGGGUACACGAAUAAAAUUAACCUCGACGACAACGACAACCAGGGGCCGGUUUACGUAUGAAACGACAGUCGACAGUGAAUAAUGGACGCUGAAUAUAACUUGUAGGUUUUACAAAGUGUGUGCCUUCAACUAUCUCUCUAUUAAAACAUUAGUUUUCGUAAACGUAACGAUUGUAACGUAUUUAAAAUUAAUAAAAAACACUCGUAUUGUUAAUAAUCCCGGUGAUAAUGUUGUAAUAUUGUAUCGUUAUGUAUUUGUAAGAGUAAUUAAUAUUGGUGUAAUAUAUGUAACGGAUGGAUCACAGUAGUGGUAGGUCGAGUGGUGCUGUAGCGAGUGUCGGUGCGCCGAACCGCGGUAUCUAAUGUCGUUCCAUUCAGUGUAUACUAUUUUUGUAACUAGAGAAAUUAUUUAUGAGAUAAGAACAAGCUUACACUAAGCGUGAACUAGCGAAUGAUUUAAUAUCGUCAGUAUAUUUUCUUAUGUAUUUAUCGAGGUAGGUUGCUUAUAAGUGUGUGUUUGUUUAUAAUUGUAAACCAUAACUUAUGAAGUCAUGUAUUGUUAACAGUCAUAUUAUUGAUAUCGGCAACAACUGUACUGCGCUUCCAAUGGUCCUGUGGACACAAGCUCAUGUCUCGUGCCUUACACUUAGUUUUGGAAGUGUUUACAAGUAUUUGGUAUUUAUACGAACGUAGAUCAGGUAAUUGGUGAAGUGUACACUGUGCAAUAUGUAUUUAUUAACACGAGAGUCACAUUUUCUGUAGAUGUUGGCUGAAUAUAAGUUUGGCCUAAAAUGUAGUUUGCAUUUUCAGUCAAUUGUUUAAAAUGUGCAACUUAGUAAUUUUGUUUUCACUAACAUAUCCAAUUUUUUGUUCAUGUUAUCGCGAAAUAACACUGUAACAAAACGUGCCGUGUGAUUAGCAGCCAUACAAUAAUAAUGCUUGUUUUUGGUGGUUAUGGUACACCAAUAAUUUCACUUGUACAGUAAGAUAUGAAUCAGUCAUUUCAACCUUAAAUUAUAUGUUAUUGAAUGUAAAUUGUUUUAUUCUCAAAUGAAACAUGCUUAUAAGAAGUAAAUGAAAAAUAAAAUGUGGGA